AAGACUGCUAGCUCAUACUACCUGAAACCUUCGAGCAGCAUUCCAUCGCAAGAUGAUGCUGUUCUCCUCUACCCAUUCCGCAGAAGCAAAGAUCAGCGUACUAGCGCUCCAGCUGUUCAUACUGACAACAGCAGUGGCGGCGGCAGCUCCGGUGGCGUUGCCCGGGUGCCCGGAGACCUGCGGCAACAUCACCGUCCCCUACCCGUUCGGCACCCGCCCCGGCUGCUUCCGUGAAGACUUCAAUCUCACAUGCGAGGAGACGCCGGGCCGGCAACCGAAGCUCCUGGUGGGCGACGGCGUGGAGGUGGUCGGCAUCUCUCUGCCGGAGGGCACGGUCCGUAUCCACAGCAAGAUGCUGGGAGUCUCGCUCCCUCUGAACACGACCUCCCUACCAUUCAACGCCUCGUGGUCCGCGGGCCUGAUGGCCACGGGGCAGCGCCUGGCCGUGUCGACCAAGCACAACCGGUUCGUGGCCAUGGGUUGCAACCUCCUCGCCAGCCUCGUCAUCGACUCCGACGCCUCCUAUUCGGUCAGCCGCUACGUCAGUUUCUGCGCGGCGCUCUGCUCUGGCGACUCCGAGGUGAGCGAAACCUCGUGCUCCGGCGUCGGCUGCUGCCAUACGCCGAUCGCCUUGGGCCUCCCGUCAUACAUGGUCCAGCUCAGCGAACUGGCCGUCGAGAGUUCCGGCGUCGGCGCGUUCGGAGUCGGACUCAGAGCGCUGUUCAUCGCUGACCAGGAAUGGUUCAGCAGAAAGGGAGCCCGUCUGCAUCGGGAAUACUUCGGCAAUCAACAGAGAACCAUCGACACAAAGGUGAUUCCGACGGUGCUGGAGUGGUGGCUGGAUUCCAACCGUGACCGGGAUCUGUUCGGGUGGGGACCGGAUGGCUAUAGCAUCAUAUGCCUAAGCCUGAAUAGCAACUUCAUAGUUUAUGACCGCGAUGGAAGAAAUUUCCGGUGCAACUGUUCCAACGGAUUCGAGGGCAAUCCUUACAUCGCCAAUGGAUGCCAAGAUAUCGACGAAUGCCAACAUCCAGAUCUUUACCCAUGCCAUGGGACCUGUAUCAAUUUGCCAGGGACAUACCGGUGCUCAUCAAAGAAAAACAUCAGUAGCCUUCCAGGUUUAAUUACAAUAAUAGCGGUAAGUGCUGGUUUUGGCCUACUGUUUUCAGUUCUGGGUGUUGCCAAAAUCAACAAUAAGUUCAAGCAACGAAGGGCCAAAAAGUUGAGACAAAACUUUUUCAAGAAAAACCAUGGAUUGCUUCUCCAACAAUUAAUAUCGUCAAAUAAAGAUAUAGCUGAAAGGGCAAAGAUUUUCAGCUUGGAGGAACUAGAUCAAGCAACCAACAAAUUUGAUCAGAAUCGUAUCCUUGGUGGCGGAGGCCAUGGCACAGUCUACAAAGGCAUAUUAUCUGAUCAACAUGUCGUGGCCAUCAAGAAGUCUAAAAUUGUGGUUCAAAGUGAAAUUGAUCAGUUCAUUAAUGAGGUUGUUAUACUUUCACAGACUAAUCAUAGAAAUGUGGUGAAGCUCUUCGGUUGUUGCCUUGAGACAGAAGUUCCUUUACUGGUAUAUGAGUUUAUAUCAAAUGGAACUUUGUCAUAUCAUCUUCACGGACAAAAUGAAAAUUCUUUGUCAUGGAAAGAUAGACUACGAAUUGCAUUGGAAACUGCAAGGGCAAUAGCAUAUCUACACUGUGCUGCUUCAAGAUCAGUCUUCCAUAGAGAUAUCAAAUCUGCAAAUAUACUACUUACUGAUAUUUUAACAGCAAAGGUUUCAGAUUUUGGUGCUUCAAGGUCAAUAUCGAUAGAUGAGACAGGAGUACAUACAGCUAUACAGGGAACUCAUGGCUACCUUGAUCCUGAAUACUAUUACACCAGUCGACUCACGGAGAAGAGUGAUGUUUAUAGCUUUGGUGUCAUAUUAGCAGAACUAUUAACAAGGAUCACACCCGUUUUCUCUUCUCAGUCAUCAGAAAGCAUGAGCCUAGCAUCAUACUUUGUGUCGCUGAUAAGAGACAAUCGCUUAUCAGAUAUUCUAGAUUCGCAAAUUGUCGAAGAGGGAGGGACCGCAGAUGCUGAGGUGGUUGCAAAGCUUGCAGAGGCCUGCUUAAGCUUAAAAGGUGUAGACAGGCCUACAAUGAGACAAGUGGAGACAACACUUGAAGAUGUGCAAAACUCAAAUGUCCACCACAAUUCUCAUAUCACAAGAGUGACUCAGAAUGUUACAAAAGAUCAAUCAUACAAUGGAAGCAAAGGCAGUGAAGGAACUAGACUAUACAGCUUGGAGAAAGAGUUCAUACAAUCAUCUGAAAUUCCAAGAUGAUUCUGCUUCUUACCAUGUUGCCAUCUGGUUCUUCUCUAUCAAUACAUGCUCGGCAGUUUAAUACAGCCGACCGCCUAAAAAAAUGUUGCAAA